AUGGAAACUCCACAUCAGGGUACUGUGAAUGAGAUCAACAGUCUACCGACCAAGAAAUACAGUCUGAGGUCUGGUGGCAGCCACCAACAUUCAAUUGAAGAGGACGAUACGGAAGAAACGGAAACCAGUGGCCCAUGCCUUCUUCCUGACAGUUCCCUAGCUGAGCUCCGAUGGAGUGAUAGGCAUUUUGAAGACAUACAAUUGCUCCUCGACCCAAUCCUUUUUGACAAAGUCGAGCACAAUCAUGCUCUUCAAUUGCCCUCUGCUGUUGGUGCUCCAUGCAUCGAUAUUGAUCCUGCUGAUACAUUCAGUUUUCUUGCUCGAAUUUCGAGCAAGGAGAGCGCGUCGCUGCAGACCCGAUAUGACUGCAGCUCAUUGCUUAAGAGAGGAUGGGAAGGGCAGGGAAUGUCAGGUGACAGUAUAGAGAAGCAAGGAGUACUACCAUUUCCAGUCCCUGCAUCUUCUCUCACUGAUACGUGGCCUAGUGGUAGGUGUUUCUUCUUUUUUGUUAAUUUUAUGAUUAUUACCACAGCCAAUACACCCCGUGGUUCUUGGCCUGGCGUAUCUGAUAAUCUUGCAGCUGUGAUCUGCGACCCCUGGUAUCACGGAUGGUUAUCCUCCGCGCAGGUCCCACAGUCCUUACGACCAGCAUAUGAAAUCAUCCAUCAAAUCAGAACCCUUUCGCAAAAUUCCACGAUUAUGCAUACAUGGUCACAACAGGUCGAGGGAGAUUGUAUUCGGUUCUUUAGUCCUAGUAACCUUCAGAGAUUUAUCAGUAUUUACUGGACAGCCUGGCAUCCUCAUUACCCCGUUAUUCACAAGCCAACGUUUUCCAUUACAAGUGCUCCAGCGCACCUCACAGCAGCCAUGGCAGUUAUGGGGGCAUGUUUCUCACAGAAUGCAAAUGAUAACCACAAUGUCAAGCUGUGGCUUAAUAGUGUGGAGGAGAUGGUCUUCAGCAACAGAUAUUUUGGGGACCUUAUGCUGCAGGACCCGGCCACCGUUAACAUACGGGACAUCGUACAGCUCCUGCAGGCCGCAUAUUGUGUUUGUACUUUUCAGAUCAGCGAAGGAAGUCACAUUAGUCGGCGGAGGAUUCGUCGUCAGCGGUUUAGUAUGAUUGUUUCAGUAAGCAGCUGCUUGGGUUCAUGCUAUUUGGAUCGCUAA